ACUCUAUUAUUUCAUCAUCAAUUGCACACCUCAGCAGCCUUAGCUAGGUAGAUCGGCUCUGCAUACCCGUGGCUGACUGGCCUGGAUGUGGAUGUGGAUGUGGAUAGGGAUAGGGAUAGUGGUGCACAGCAAUCUUGGCUUCUGAUUUGCCCGCCGACCCCGGAAAUCCAGGCCUAGACUAGACAGAGACAGGAGGUCGGCGUCAUCGAAGCGCAGCGCAGCACAGCGCAGCAAAGCACACUACGACCGAGCCAACCUGAACCUGAACCUGAACCGCAAUCAAGCUCUCAAUGCAUCCAAACCUGCUGCGCUAAUGUGCUAGGUAGGUUACUUCAACGACCUCACCUCUUCUUCCUCCUCCUCCUCCUCCUCCUCUUCCUCGUCUCCACCUUUCGCCUCCUACUUCUUUCGUUUUUCUUUGUUGUGUUCUCUCUCAUUCAAAAAGAUUGAUCUCCUACUCUGCCUAAAUACCAAUUUGCUUCAAUCCACCACCUCACCACUCUUCACCUUUUACUCUCUCUCGAGGUUGACUAGGUAGAUACACUCUGCCUACCUCCCCCCUCGAUCUCUCCUUCCUCAGCCUCUCACCCAAUACCACCAAAUUGCAAGCCAGCAAGCACCUCCUACCUACUCACCAUGGCACUCCUCAACCUCCACACCCUCACCCUCCUCACCCUCCUCCCCCUAAUCUCCGCCGACACCAUCCAAUUCGACAUCGCCCGCUCGCCCAGCGCGCAGAUCGCCCAGCUCCAAGCACGAGAAGCCUCCCUUCGCGGCCGCGCCCUCAACAAGCGUGGACUCUUCGAGCGCGCCGACUCAGUCACUGCCGAUCUGACGAACGCCCGUACGCAGGGUCUCUACUUCGCGAACGUUACGGUGGGGACACCGGGUCAGGCGCUGGCGUUGCAGAUUGAUACGGGGAGUUCGGAUGUGUGGGUUCCUGCGGCGGAGGCGGCGCUGUGCUCGAAUGCUAGGGAGGGGGGCUGUCCGAAUGGUCAAUUCGAUUACCAACAGUCCACCACCUUCCUCGAUGUCGGCGAGAACGAAUUCAAUAUCUCCUACGUAGAUGGCAGUGGUGCUGCGGGUGAUUAUUUUCAGGAUACAUUCUCCAUUGGCGGAGGCACUCUUCAACAGUUCCAGAUGGGUAUUGCGUUGGAUACGACUAUUGGGACUGGAAUUAUGGGCAUUGGAUACAAUACUUCUGAGGCAAAUAUUGAAACUGGCAAUGGUACCAUUUACCCUAACCUGCCUUUGGCAAUGGUCAAUCAGGGUUUGAUCAAAUCUGCUGCUUAUAGCUUGUGGUUGAAUGAUCUGCAAUCAAGCACUGGAUCUAUUCUUUUUGGUGGUGUUGAUACCGCAAAGUAUACUGGCGAUUUGAUCUCGAUCGAUGUUUAUCCCACGUCCCGACGUGGUCGUGUCACAUCCUUCACUGUAGCCUUUACUUCGCUUUCAGCAACCAGCCCUUCAGGAACCGACCAGUUAACACCAGAAGGCUAUGCCGAAGCAGCUAUUCUUGAUUCUGGAACCACAAUCACUCUCCUUCCAGACGAUGUAGCUGCUAUGGUUUUCGAGGAGCUUGGAGCUACUGUUUCCAACCAACUCGGCGCAAUUGUUGUUCCCUGUGAUCUUGCCAAGGUAGAUGGAACUCUCAACUACGGAUUUGGUGGCAAAGGAGGACCAACUAUCAAAGUCCAAGUCUCAGAUCUCGUCCUCCCAUUGACUCUUACCAAUGGCCGCACACCAAAAUACACUAAUGGUCAAGAAGCCUGUCAACUCGGUAUCCAACCAGCUGGUGAUCUCCCCGUUCUAUUUGGUGACACCUUCCUCCGAUCCGCCUACGCCGUUUACGAUCUCGAGAAUAAUCAGAUUGCCCUAGCCCAGACCGAUUUCAACUCAACUGACUCGAAUGUUGUACCAUUUCCUAGUUCCGGAGCAGCUAUUCCUAGCGCAUCUGUAGCGUCCCAAAUCGCAGCAGUUACUCAAACCGCCACAGGUGUACCACGGGUUUCUGGUGUUGCAACAGGCACAGGAGCUGCUCCAACCUACAACCCUACAGCUACUGGCUUGAACGCCGCCAGUGGAUUUGCUGCUACAGGCACGGGAUCCAGUGGUGCGAGUGGCUCUACCAAGAAGAGUGCUGCAGGGAAUGGACCGGAGCCUUUUGCUUGGUCGAGAGUUGUGGUUGGAUUUGUUUCAUUGGUAAUGGUUGGUUUGGGAUCGGGAGUCUUUGCGCUUUUGUAAUUGGAUUGGGAAUGGAAUUGGGCUUAAGACUGGGGAUUUUGUAGAUGAGAUGCGGUGCGGGAAAACGGGCCGCAGCAUAUUAUGGUAAUGAACAAAUGAGAUGACUUGACAUGACUUUGACCUGGAAUUGAGAAACCGAAAGGGACGGUGGGAUGGUAUGGUAUAUAAAAGUUAAGGAAGUCAGCAUACGUCUGGCGUGCAUAGAUAGGUAGGUAAGCGAGGAAGUGUUUAUUUACAUCUACGUCUUUGUCCUUCUUUUGUCUGGGUCUUCUUCCGAAAGUAUCACAACCACCCCUCCCUCCCACUCCUCUCCUCAAACCACCCCUCCUCUCACCCCCCUCCCACCCCCUCAAAACCCACCAC